CCUUUGUUGUAGGGCUUGGAUAAGGCAGUGAGGGAAUUUCUCCCUCUUGUGGAGCACAGAUUUUGUGCUAGACAUUUGUCUUCCAACUUGUCUAAGAAGCAUCCAGGUGAAGCUGUCAAAGUGGCAUUUUGGAGAGCUUGUACAUCCACACAUCCAGCUCAGUUCAAGGUUGCAAUGAAGGACCUUGAAAAGCACUCCAAAAGGGCUGCUCAGAAGAUGAAUGAACUGGAUCCCAAAGUAUGGUCUCAAGCAUACUUUGCAACUCAUUCCAAAUGUGCAAGCACUGACAACAAUAUCUCUGAGUGCUUCAAUGCUUGGAUCCUCAAGACAAGGUACAUGCCCUUAACUGAUAUGCUUACAGAAAUUCAUGAUAUGCUUAUGGAGAGGAUACAUAAAAAGAGAGAUGCAAUGAGGGAUGUAGAUUGUGUGCUUGUGCCUAAAGCCAGAUCUGUUUUGGAGAGUAGUGAGUGCAGUGUGUUGUGGGAUGGUCAGGAUAACUUUCAAGUGAAAUGGAGGGGGGUAGGUUUUUGUGUUAAUUUGAAAGAAAGUACUUGUUCAUGUAGAGUAUGGGAGUUAACUGGCAUACCUUGCUCUCAUUCUGUUUGUGCCAUUCAAAAAAUAAGAGAAGAUCCAGUUGACUAUGUGGAACAUUGGUUCAAGAAAGAUACAUAUAUGAGGACUUACUCAUUUUGUUUGGAAGUGCUGAGGGGGGAACCCUUUUGGAAGGAGACAAUGGGAGACACAGUUCUCCCACCACCAUUUGUGAAGCAGCUGAGGGGAAGGCCUAAAAGGUAGAGGAGGAGGGAAGGGUGGGAGGAGGCUAGAGGAAGGAUGAAGCAAUCCCAAAGACUAAACUUCUCUAGGAUGGGGAGGGUAAUGCAUUGCACAAUCUGUAGAGAGACAUGGCAUACUAGAGGCAAAUGCCCUAACAAGCCUGCUGAUUAUGUGGAGAAGCCAGUCAGAAAAAGGAUGCCAAAGAGGAGACAGAUGACUGAAGAAGAAGCUGAAAGAGCUGCAGAAAGUGAGAGGGUUGGGAGGGAAAGGGAGACAGGGGAAGCUGAACUUAUGGAUGAGAUUUUGGAGGCUGAGCAUGUGGUUAGUGCACCACCACCAACUACACCUAGAAGAAGCCAAAGAAUGGUUUUUAUGCUUACACCAAAUGUUCAAGCAACACAUGGCACAGGUGGGACUCCAUCUCCUUCAAAGCUGCAACCACAUGAGGCUGGGACCAGCAAAAGAGGAAGGCCAAAGCUUCCUGUGAGAAAAUUCAAGGUCCCAAGAAAAACAGGACUGUAGUUUAAUAUUUGUAAUUUGCUAGUGGGGAACAUCUUGCUUUUUGGACACCGUAAACUUGGUAAUAUGCUAGUUUUUUUGUGACUGUAACUGAAGGUGGGAUGAUAAUUCUCUUUAUUAUUGUAACUGCAGGGGG